AGAAAUAUGAGGAACUUAAGAUGUCUGUGUGUCACUCUCUGCAGAGAUGAGGCGCAGCUGAAAGAAGUCUGGACCGAGUGUAGAAGAUGAUGACAGAGAAGAUCUGCAUCAGAGGAGACGUCACCUGGGAGGCACUGGAUGUGAUAGAUCCAUAAAAUGUUGGGUCACCUGCUUGUUUUCACACUUCACAUUCUGACUCUGACAUGUCUGCCUGUAGAUAAAGCUGAGAUCUGUAUAGAUGAAGGAUUGGAGUUCGACCUUGAAUAUGCAAGUGUUGGUGAGCCUCUGUAUGCUAUUUGCCCACUUCUGGACUUAGUUGGGAGAAAUAAUUUCAGUGUAACCUGGGUAAGAAUUGACUCACAAACAGAAAUCACCUCAGACAGACAAGCAAGAGUUCACCAGGAUGAACAAUAUCUAAAGUUUAUCCCUGCGGAACUACAAGAUAGCGGAUUCUACCAAUGUAUUCUCAGAAACUCAACAAAUUGCAUCAAGAAGAUAAGACGAGUAGCAGUGUUUCGGCAUGAUGAUGGUCUCUGCUAUAAUAAUUCAGUAAUGCUUCGUAACGAAGAAAAAUUCAUAGCUCCAUCACUUACAAUUGAAUGUCCACAGAUAGACAUCUAUUUCAGUCACAAGAACAUACAAGUCAGAUGGUUUAAGGAAUGCCAGCCAUUGGAUCUGGAUAGUAAGCGCUACUCAACUUCAACUAUAAACUUGAUUAUUAAAGAUUUGUCCAGUGAAGAUAGUGGGAAUUACACGUGUGAGGUGUCGUUUGUGUACAAUGGUGUAACAUAUAACAUGUCCCGUGCCAUUGAAUUCACUAUCCAAGAUCAACCAGAACCAGAAGCUGUCGUAAUAUUCCCAAAAAAUAACAUCAUAGAUGUGGAAUUAGGAGCUCCUUUGACACUUACCUGUAAAGUGUUAUGUAAUGAAUCCAUUGGUGUGUUUUGGGCUUACAAUGGCAAUCUUAUGGCAUACUACACUGAAGAUGACAGAGUUGAAAUGGGAAAUACGGACCAAACAGUAACAGAAGAUGGGCUGCAACACUUCAUAACCCUAAACUUUACUAAAGUUAUUGAAGAGGACUACAACAGACAAUUUUACUGUAAUGCGUGGACGCAAAAAAACAGAGUUUUUAUGUCUUAUGUUUUACUGAAAAAGCCAGAUCCUAAUUUCCAGGGAUUUUUAAUUGCAUUUUUUGUGUCGGUGUUCUUGGUUACUGUUAUAUCUAUUGUUGCCAUAAGAAUAUAUAAAGUUGACAUUGUCCUCUGGUAUCGAAGUUCCUGUUUUGUUAAUACAGAACAUAAAGAUGGGAAACUGUAUGAUGCUUACAUAAUAUACCCCAAAAAAUCCACGGGAACCAGCUCUUACUCUUAUGAAAUGGAAAUAUUUGUCCUGAAAGUGCUGCCAGAAGUUCUAGAGAAGCAGUGUGGUUACCGAUUGUUUAUAAGUGGACGAGAUGACUUACCAGGACAAGCCAUGGCGGACCUUGUAGAUGAGACCAUUGCACAAAGCAGAAGAGUAAUUAUCAUGUUGGGAAACAUAUUCUGUGAAGACCAUGGAGAUGACUUUGAACAGAAAAUCGCUAUGUAUGACGCGCUCAUUCAUAAUAAAAUCAAAGUAGUUUUGAUUGAAAUGGAGAAGAUAACAGACUACACCAACAUGCCUGAAUCAAUAAAAUACCUCAAACAGAAGCAAGGCGCUGUGCGAUGGAAAGGAAAAUUCACAGAAGCCGCUCUUUCCCCUAAUACAAGGUUCUGGAAAAACAUCCGAUAUCAGAUGCCUCCAGCCCAGCGUCCUUCUGACAAGGAACUGCACUACAUACAUUCAGAAGACUGAAAUGAAGCGGGUAUUAAAGACUUGGAUACUGUACAUUUGUGUGAAUUAUCAAACCUUACACAUGUAAUAAAACACUAGGCCCUUGGAUGGAGCUGCACACCAUUAUUUUAAAGCAACCCUCUGGUUCAAGAGAAAAUAAAGUCACAUUAACUUAGUAAUGAACAGAACACUUAUCUAGUGACCUGCUUUUUUUUAUUUACAGAUCUGCUUAUUCUUUAGCGUCUCAUCUGCCAUCCAAGAUGGCUGCACCGCUUCUGAUUUACAGACCUCCCAAGUGUCCCUCUUUUGGAGGGACAGUCUCUAUUUUUGACCCGAUGUAGCAGCCUGCCGGAGGUCCGUGUCGCUAGUGUGAAAGUAGCCUUAUUACAUUCACACUAUUGACCCAGAAAGUGUUUGUCUGGUUUCUCUCUGUAUAUUCAAGCCCAUCUUGUAUAUUAUUUCAUUAUUUUAUGCAAUUGGGAUUUUAUUUUUGUGCUGUUCAGUAAGAGAAAACUAUGGAAAUGUAGUAAGAUAUGCAGGAAAAAUAUAUCACAAUGAAACAAAAGUGUCCUUCAUUGACCGUCCGAAAAGUUGGGAGGCAUCGAUUCACACUGUACAUUAGUAACCCAAGACACUUCCUACUUGUCUAGACCUGCUCUUGGGUUGACCAGCACUGUUCACGUGAGCAGUGCCGGCCAAUCCAAAGGCAGCAGGAAAUGUCUUGAGCUACCAGUGUGCAUCAAGCAGUCUGAGAAGUGGUGCGGCCAUCUUGGAGGACAGAAAAGAUGCCUGAGAAUUAAUUGAUCUGCAACUAAAACAAUAAAAAGAAGGAUACUAGAACCAGAGGGUCGCUUUAACUAUAUCAAUGCAAAAAACUUUUGUUCUUAAGUGUGUUUUCACCUUUUCUAGCUCAUUUAUUCUUACUCCUCUGAAGCUCUGGUCUUUUCACUCUCCGUGGGCGGACAGCAGCAAAUAUGACUACCAAGCACCUGCAUCGUCCAGGAGUGCAUUGUGGUCAGGUUGUGCUAAGCAUGCCUUUCCAGAUUCCAAAGCUCUAUUUUCCUGCCUUUCUUCCAAGCAUACAAAAUCAUCACACACAGCCCUAGCAAUACUAAUACAGUAUGUAGCACUAUGGUAUGUAAUGCAUCUCUCAAUUUCCUUCUACACUGUCUUGAGAGAAAGAUGUAGAUAUAGGCUAUAGAUUUCCAUGAAUUUAGAAGGAGGGAGGGAAGAAAGGGAAGAAAAUGUAAUGUACGUAAAAAACAAACAAUAUUUUUUACUUCAUAUAUAUUGCAAAAAUACUUCAUUUGGAAUGUUCUAUUCAUUGUAUAGUAAUACUAUUCAUGGGUAACCCCUUUAAGGCUGGGGCUACACAACAACAUGUGUCGCACAACCAAAAACAUUUGUGUGACUUGUCUGCAACUUGAUUUCACACAAUUAUUUUACAACUGCUAUUUGGCUACAAAAUCAGUCAAAUUCCACAAAAG